AUGUCGAUUCAACGCACAGCUGAAUCGGCUUUACAUGCACUUCAAGAACUUUAUAAUGCAAUUGAUUUAUCAAGUCAACAACAAAGUUCAAUGUCAAUCAAUGAUAGCGAAAAUCUUGUUCAAGCUCUUUGUAAUCUUUCACAACUUAUCAAUCAUAUUAAUCAGACAGGCAUGUGUGGUCAUACAUCUAUAAUGAAUACACAUUUAGAUUCAAAACGAUUUGAUCGAAAAAGAGUAAACAAAUUCAUUGCUCCUCAUCUAACUAAUUAUGAUGAAAAUAUAAUGAUGGAUUCAACAACAAUUGGAUCAUCAUUACAAUCUGGACAAUCUUAUGGUGAAUGUGUAUUGUAUCAUCCUAUUCGUAUAACAACAACUUGUGCUGAUGGACCUACUGUAUUACAUGAAAAUGAUUUUGUCAGAAACGAAAGACAAUAUCGAAAAGAUCAUGAUCAUAAUAAACGAUUUCCACAUCAUAAUCAUAUCAAGAAAAAUCAUAAACGAAUGUUGAGAAGUUAUGACCGUCAUUCGACGAACAUCAGUCGAGCUAGUCGAUCAAGUCGUAGUGGAUCUAGAAGAUCUCGUAUGUCUCAUCGAAGUCAACGAUCAACUCAUGGACGAGCAAGUCAAUCACGUGACCGUAGUUCACGUUCAAGUCGUCGAUCAUCUCGUUAUUCACAAAGUUCAAGAAGUAAACAUCGACGAUCACAAAGUCAUGGACGUAGAAAUCGAUCAAGUCAAAGAAGAAGUCGACAAUCUCGUUCAAGUCAACGUCGUAGUCGAAGUCGUCGACGAAGUUCACAUAAACGUCGAUCAGCUGAUCUUCAAAAUCGACGACAUUAUCAUCAUCAAAUACCUUCACAUCCAGUUUUGAACGUAACAAAUCCAACUGUUUCAUCUUAUCCUUCGAAUCAAAUCGAUUCAACAUCAAUGGGAAUUCAACCAUCAACACAGCAGCCUUAUAUUCGUUCAUUACCUUCACCGGCUCCAAUUACAACUACUAGUAAUGGUCGUAUACUACCAUCACCAACAUUUACUCCAACUAUGCCUUUACCUCCACCUCCAACUAUUUCUUCAUUACAUCAUCCUCAUUCUUCUUCACAAAUGCCAAUGCAACAACAACAGCAUCAACUACCUUCUAUUAUUCAUGAUAAUAAUACUCCUUUACAUCGACGUAUUAACAAUCCACUUAGUGAUCAAUCUUCAUCAUAUCAACAAGUUCCAGUAUCAACAACAAGUACAGGGAAUACAGCAUUAUUAUCACAACAACAACAACAACCAUCAUCAUUAUUAUCAUCUACCAAUCCUAUGUUGAAUAUUUCCACUCAAAAUGAUGUUUUAUCUUCUAGUAUUUCGCCGCUUCAAACAACAAAUAGUGCAUUUACAUCACGUUCAGAUAAUUGUCCAGAAUGUCGAGCUAUAACACGUCUUCUUCAAUGGGCACCAUUGAAAUGUUAUGAUGCAGCAGGAAUACGUCGUGGUGUGUUUUUAGCUGGUCCAAAAAGUGAACAAUUACUCAAAGCACUUUAUUCAUCUAUAAAAGAUUCAUCUUUAUCAUUAGACGAUAUUGAAAAUUGUUUAUGUGAUGAUGAAUAA